AUGCGAGUCUCCACGGAGAUCUUUAAUCUCGUCCACUGUGACGGUGCCUCCGCCGCCGAUCUAUGGGCGGCCCUUCGUCAGCUCUUCCAGGACAACGUCGACGCUCGCGCCAACAACCUCCACACCGAGCUUCGGAAACUGGUGCAAGGUGAUGCACCAGUCGGCGUCUACUGCCAAUGCCUCAAGGCGAUCGCGGAUGAACUCCGCGAACUUGGUGAUCCGAUCGAAUAUCGCCAGCUCAUCAACAUCCUCCUCGUCGGCCUCAACGAGCAGUUCGAGAAGCAGGCCUCCUUCAUCCCUAUGAUGCGUCCGCGUCCCUCCUUCACCGAGAGACAUCUCGACACGCCCUCUGACGAUGCUAGACACACCGUCAAGACGGGAGCAAGGUGGGAGGACUUUAUUCCAUCUUCAGGGAGCCGCCGCCACUUCUUCUUCAACACGACACAAACUCUAAUCGACCUAAAACGAAGCAGGAACCCUCCCGCCGGCAAGGUCGAGGUCCACAGCACCUCCAUGUCCCUAAAGCCACUGGAGAAGAGGCAGACUGGCAGUGGCGCCGACAGGGGGUUGAGGAACCCUAUAGUCACGUGUGGACUCAAGGAGAAAAAGGGGUUUCUAAAGGCCUGCUCGGCAUCACUCCGCUCCACACUCUCGCUCCCGGAGCUGGCGGCGUUGAAGUAA